GAAGUGGAACUGGUCUCUGGCAGACAGACGUUUCUACAGGGAGGGGGAGACUGAGUUCAGAAACUGGGACACUGGGACGCCCCAAAAUGGUAACUGUGCUUUAAUGAGUACAGCUGGUCUGUGGAACAACACCUCCUGUGAUGACCAGCAUCACUUCAUCUGUUAUGAUGGAGAACAAGACCUGGAUAGAUGCUCAGAGUUACUGCAGACAGAAUCACACAGACCUGGUCAGUGUGAGGAACCAGACUGAGAACACAGAGAUAAAGAAGAAGAUAUCACUGACAGGACUUCCUGUGUGGAUCGGCCUGUUUCUAGACUCCUGGAGAUGGUCAGACCAGAGUGACUCCUCAUUUAGAAACGGGACAUUAGGACAUCCUGAUGCUUCAGGACAGAACUGUGUUGCAUUGUUUUCUGAAUCAGUUAAUUCUGCUGAAUGGGUAAAACAUCCCUGUGACCACAGACAUAAUUUCAUCUGCAAUAUUGACAGAGAUGUGAAGACCACGACUGCCCCUCUGCCCACACCCACAACCACCCCUUCCACCCCGACCACAACCACAACCGUGCCUUCCACCCCGACAACAACCACUCCUUCCACCCCGACAACAACCACCCCUUCCACCUCGACCACAACCACAACCGUGCCUUCCACCCCGACAACAACCACAACCACGCCUUCCACCCCGACAACAACCACGACUUCCACCCCGACAACAACCAUGCCUUCCACCCCGACCACAACCACAACCGUGCCUUCCACCCCGACCGCAACCACAACCGUGCCUUCCACCCCGACAACAACCACAACCACGCCUUCCACCCCGACAACAACCACAACCACGCCUUCCACCCCGACAACAACCACAACCACGCCUUCCACCCCGACAACAACCACAACCACAACCACAACCACGCCUUCCACCCCGACCACAACCACUAUUGCCCCACAGAUCUUACGCAAGACUACCACACCGACCCCUGAGAAACCUCAACUGAAGAGACAUGUGGUGAGAAUGAAGACGACCCCAAAGGAUCAACAUCUGAACCUCAGUGAUCCUGCUGUUCAGGACGCCAUCUUACAAGAGAUAAGGAACAAGCUGAAGGAGCAGGGGUUACCUGCAGACACCAAAGUGACAUGGACAAAGCAGCCUGAUUGGAAGGUCUUCCACAAGGAGGAAGAAGGGUCUCCCAAGAAAAAAGAGCAGGAGAAGAAGAUGAAGAAGAGUAUGAUGACAAAGAGAGAACUCUAAUUAUGUUAAAUGUUCUCUCCUUUUUUAUUUAGAUUAAUUAUCUGUACUGGGAUGUAUUUUCUGAUCCUAUUUAAAUGUGUUUUAUUAAAUAAAUUGUUUAAUUAUAAACAUUAAGUGUUUUAUCUUGAGAUGUUGUUAUUGAUAAUUUUCUUGACUUGGUUGUUUUAUUACAGGGUGUGUUCUCAAGACAGACAUUUCACACAUCAUGUCUGUAAAUGAGUUAUUUGUAGUUAUGUUGAUAUUCAGGGCUGUGAAAAAGUAUUUUGUCUCCUUUCUAAUUUUCUCAACUUUUACAGAUUUAAGAUGCUGAAUGUUAUCAGAUCUUCAAAGAAAACAGAAUAUUAGAUAAAGGGAACCUGAGUGAACAAGUAACACAACAAUUACAUACUUAUUUCAUUUAUUUCAUAACUAAGUUAUGUAACAUCCAAUGUUCAUGUGUUAAAUAUGAAUUGUCCCAUUACACUCAAUUACUGGUUGUCAGCUGCAAUGACUCUAACCAAGCGCUUCCUGAAGUUGUUGAUCAGUAUUUCACGUCGCUGUGGAGCAUUUUUGGCCCACUCUUCCACCUAGAACUGCUUAAACUCAGUGACUCAAGUUCAAGGAUGAACUUUGAAGUUCUGCCACAACAUCUCAGUUGGGAUCAUGAGGUCUGGACAUUGACUGGGUCAUUCCAAAACUUCAAAUGUGUUGCUUUUGAACCAUUUUCAUGUAGAAUUGAUUGUGUGUUUUGGAUCAAUGUCUUGCUGCAUGACUCAGCUGUGUUUCAGCAUCAGCUCACAGACUGAUGGCCUGACAUUCUCCUGUAGAAUUCUCUGAUACUGAGCAGAUCUCAUGGUUUCUUCUAUUAAGGAAAUUUGUCCAGGUUCUGAGGCAGCAAAGCAUACCCUUUACUGAUGAAUGCAGUGUUUGGUGUUUGCCAGAGUUAAAUACACAACAAGUAUUUGAUGGAAUUGGAACCAGGUGUGAUGGAAGACAAGACAAAGCCAAUGGAAAAUGAAAAGUGGAUCGGCGAUAGCUAGAAGGACGGUGACGUCGACUGCCGAACGCCGCCCAAACAAGGAGAGGGAACAACUCCGGCGGAAGUCGUGACAUGAUGAUCAUCCAGUUGCUUCCAGGUUAUUUUUCCGGAAACUUUUGUCAACUUUUUGGGCUAGAUGGGUCCCAUUAUGUUUGUUGAAAACCAAACACUGCAUUCCACAGUAAAACACUUCAUAUCAAUCGUCAAGCAUGGUGGUGGAAGUGUGAUGGUUUGGGGAUACUUUUUUUAUUUUGGCAAAAAUAGAGAAUAUCAGAAAGGGGACAAAUACUUUUUCACAGCACUGUGAGUAUCAAUGUGUUUUUCUAAUUGGAAUGUAACUUUCUGUAAUUUAAAUGUAUUUAGACCACAGUUUACAUACUGCAUAGCCAAUGUAGUCUCAGCAUGUUUUUAUUGGUUAAUGAAGAUGUCUUUUCUGAUGAUCAAUUAAAUACCUGUUGCA